CCGUAAUCCGAGUACAUUUUCAUAAAUCCCCGUUAAUUCACGUCUUGAAAAUAAAUCCAUCCUUUAUCCGCUUGUCCUCACGAGGGUCGCAGCUCCCUCCUCGCCAUGUCUCAGACCGCCAAGUCCGCCUCCAGCCAGGGAGCCGACGCCAAGGACAACAAGGGAGGCGCGCCCGCCGCCUCCAGCAAGGCCACCAAGACCGGUGAGCCCAGCCUGGGCACCUUCAAAUUGACACUGUUCGACCAGGAGAACUUCCAGGGCCGCUCGUUGGAGCUUCAGAGCGAGUGCCUGAACGUUUCCGACCGAGGCCUGGAGAGAGUGCGCAGCAUCAUCGUGGAAAACGGCCCCUUUGUUGCCUUCGAGCAGACCAACCUCCGUGGGGAGAUGUUCAUCCUGGAAAAGGGAGAGUAUCCUCGCUGGGACACCUGGAGCAACUCGUACCGCAGCGAUUGCCUCAUGUCGCUCAGGCCCAUCCACAUGGACAGCUUGGAGCACAAAAUCUGCCUGCAUGAGCUCUCUGACUUCAAGGGCAACAAGAUGGAGAUCCAGGAGGACGACGUUCCCACCCUGUGGGCGCAUGGCUUCUCCGACCGGGUGGGCAGCGUGAAGGUCCCAGGGGGAGCGUGGGUGGGCUACCAGUACCCAGGCUACCGGGGAUACCAGUACCUGCUGGAGAGUGGCGACUACCGCCACUGCAAUGACUUCUCGGCCAUCCAGCCUCAGAUCCAGUCGGUGCGCCGCAUCCGCGAUAUGCAGUUCCACCAGAGGGGGUCCUUCGAUUUAACUUCCGCUGCCGCCGGCAGCAAGUGAAAGGGCCACGCCCGCUCGCGUUUUUAUUGACUCCUUCAUCCAUCGGCGAUCAUCCAGCUCUCAUCUCACCUCGCUGGCUGGCUUUUUAUGGUGAUAAUUAAUAAAACAUGUUUGGAAAAACAGACAAACGCUCGA